AUGGCUAAAAAUCGCGGUCACGAUCAUGAGACACCAUUGCCUUUCAAGCAUGCAUAUAGGCCUAGCCUUCUCCGACAACAGUCGAAUGCCAUGGUUAGCCCCCAAGUCAGCCCGCGCGGCUCUCAGACAAAUAUCGCAGGCAUGAAUCAGACUCCACGGCCACCGGUUUGCUCUCCAUCAUCGCUACCUCUCCGUCAGGAUGCAAUCUUCCAAUCCUUUCCAGUCCCUUCGCCCAGAAGAGGAUCACCCAGACGGUCUCCUAGCGCAGGAGUCAAGACAACCACACGGACCCCUCCUCUUCAAAAUGUGCAAGUAUACUCACCUAGGUCAUCCCCAAGACCCUCCCCUCGUGUAACACCACAGACCUCACCAAGUGACGAUAAAUGGGAGACAUCGGGUACAGAAUCUCCUGUUGUGAAAAGCGGUACCCCCACUGGGAAUUAUGUCCGCCAAGCUGGAGCUUCUACUCCACCAUUAGAUGGUGGUGGCAGCUUGAAACUACUUGACGGACAAAAUUCGAACGAACCUGUAAUCGGCGAAGAUUCUACCCAAGACCCAAACCAGGGCCAUAGCUCCCAUAAGGAGGGCAGUGAUAAAUAUUUUGGGAAGGGAGAAGAGACUCCAGGUUCCAAUCUCCAUCCACGGAAGGAAUCACCUCAGAGCUCCCGCUUCCACGGAAGCAAGAAAACGCCUACCCCUCCAAGUGGGUCAUCUGGAGAGAACGGGGGAACACCUAUCGUUCCGACCAACUCCCCAGUCGUCAAGCGAAGAAGAACAUCGGGACUGUUGCAAUUUAUGCGUUCGCCAUUGACUUUCCCUGUACGCAAGCAGAAUGGUAGAAGCUUCAUAUACAAUUGCAUACCAGGAAUGUCUCGCAAGUCAUCUACUGCACAGAACGGUCUAAAAGAGGUUAUGUCCUCGAACGAGCUCCCCAAUAAUCGUAUACCUCAUUCGCACAAUGAUAGUCAUGAGUUCACAAACAGCCCUAAGCAGAGCCCACCGCUGAGAACUCCAACUCCAACCGACCUUUCGAAAGUCUCUACAGAAUCGGACAACCAUAAAAGGCAUCACGGCAUUUCCGGGUGGAGACACAAGAAAACCAAGAGCGCGGAUUCUAUCGCAAAGCCUACAGAACCUAAGGGGCCCAAAAUGCAACAAGACCUACAUUUUUGUGACGAUGACCCAACUUGCUGCUAUGUCGCGGGCGAGGCUCACCGUUUCCGCACCCCCCUCGAGAGUCCAAGAAUUCCGGGAACUCCUCCAACACCACCAGCAAUUUCUCCAAGGACUUCGGAUAUGAAGGGCAAGAAGCCACUGCCAUCGUAUUUUGAUCUUCGCCGCCAGGAGACGUCAAAUGUCAGUCCAAAUGACCUUGGCUUUACUUUGAUGCCUCUAAGUGAUCCGGACUUGUCAAGUCGCACGAGCAGUCUUCAAGCGCACGCAUACAGACUUCCACACUUCGUCAAGGUGCCGAUGUUCUCGCACGCAGCUCCCUUUGCGACUAGAGAGGACUAUAAAAGCUAUUCGGCCGAAGCAUCACCCGAGGCGGCAUCAAGAAGAAGCAGUUUUCCACCAGGCCCGGGAUGGUCUUCGAACCGCUCUUCUGCUUCUGGUGUAGUGGAUGCCCGGCGCGCUAGCUUCGGGUAUCGUGAUCAUAUGAAUUUUAUAACAAAACCUGAAGGAUAUUCCUCAAGAACCGGAAGUUCUGCGAAGCAGGAUAGUAGUUCGGGCUCAGUGUCUCCACCCGGUAGCCACGGAGUAAGGAGAGAUAGCCACAAUACUGCAUCUGAUGGUUCACGGAAGAGCUCUCUUGGUGAGAGAAGGGCAUCAAAAGUUAUUGCCGCGUUGAACAUUUCUCGAAGGGACUCGACCGAAGAAAAGGUCGAGGAAGAUGGUAACAGCUCAGCGCACACGCCCGGACCCUCAUCGAAAUUAGUCCAUUGGAGAGGCGCGGAGGUUACAGAGGAAGAGGCGAAGAUGCUCGACAUGUUGGUUGGGAAACAUCGACUAUUUUCUGAAAUGUUGAUGACGCCAUUGGAGAAGACACAAUCCGAAAGGUCGGAGAGAUCACCUGAGUCGGGAGAUGAAGCUGUGAGUGUUCUACGUCGGCCUUCAUGGAGACGAUUUGCAUCUACAAUUAUGGCAUCUCCGCUGUCAGGGCUUUCUGAGGAAACGGGUUCAUCAGACAAAACGACACAGCCCGAAUCAAGCGGUACCCGCGAUAUCACCGAUCCUCGAGAGAUGUAUGCUGAGGCAUUACAAGAGACUACGGGUCUUCCCAUUGGCGUAACAAAGAAUAGAAAAAGACACGAGGACGUCGCAAAAGCACACCCGCUUCCACCAAGUGUGAUUGAUAGGUUGGCGCCGGCAGACUUCAUCACAGGACCUCCGGACAUUGUCAAAAAGAUUAACACAUCGCUGAUUGAUGCUCCGGCGGGUAGUCGACCAAAUCUAACCACCCGGACUGAAUUUGAGACCGAAAUUCUGUCAAUCGCUAUGCUCUACGGAAGGGUGGUUAAGGAAACUACAAGAGCCGCAUCAGAACCAUCCACUCCGCCAGCGGCAGAUAAUACUUCUGCUACAUUUACAUUGCGGCCUCGCUCCCGGGCUCCUUCGUUGACGGUUCCAGAACGCCCGAGCGUAGGCUUCAUCACAAAUGCCUUGGACGAACGUUCCGUGUCUGACGGCUUGAUAUCUGACGUUCGCAGGGUUUCACUAAAUCCGUCAAGUAAAAGUCGUCGGUCCUCGUCAACAUUAGCGCGCCUACAUAAAAUUGUUACUGGAGGGGAAAGGUCAAAACGUGACUCGACUACAUCGCCGUUUUCCAGCCCCCCUGAGUAUACUGAAGCCGGCAGUUCACGCCAUCAAUCGUUGAACGUGCCAUCUUUGAUCUCUGCCUUAGCUCGUGCGAGCUCAAGUGGCAAUGAUGUGAGUCUCGGAUCUAUGGAAGAAAGGAAGGACUAA